AUGCCUAGCUAUGCAUCAAAAGAAUGUGAUUUUCCAGCUAUCUUUAAUCUCGGUGAUUCGAAUUCGGAUACCGGUGCACUGGCUGCUGCUUUUAAUUGGACUCCACCACCUUAUGGGGAAACCUUCUUCCAUAAGCCAGUCGGGAGAUUUUCCGAUGGACGGCUCAUCAUUGAUUUCAUCGCAAGAAGUUUGGGUUUGCCAUUUCUCAGUGCUUAUCUCAACUCCUUGGGGACGAACUUCACCAAUGGUGCCAAUUUUGCCUCGGCAGCAGCAACAAUCGGACCACCGGAAUAUAUCAUUCCGGUGGGUGGAUUCAGUCCCUUUUACCUCGAUGUGCAGUACUGGCAAUUAAAGCAAUUCAUAUACCGAUCACAAAUUCUUAAAAAACAAGGAGGUGUGUAUGGAGAUUUAAUGCCCAUGAAGGAGUAUUUUUCAAAAGCAUUGUAUACCAUGGAUAUCGGUCAGAAUGAUCUUGGUCAAGGGUUCUCUAGUAACAGAUCUAUAGAGGAGGUUAAUGCAUCUGUCCCAGAUAUAGUCAACAGCUUCUCCACCCACGUGAAGAACAUAUACGGAUUGGGAGCUAGAACAUUUUGGAUCCACAACACUGGACCAAUUGGUUGCCUGGCAUAUAUUUUUGUAAAUUUUCCACCAAAUGCUGAUCAGAUGGACAGUGCUGGUUGCGCAAAGCCUUAUAAUGAGGUAGCUCAAUACUUCAACUACAAGUUGAAGAAGGCCAUUGUUCAACUCAGGAAGGACCUUCCACUUGCUGCACUCACAUAUGUAGAUAUCUACUCAGCCAAGUACUCUCUCUUUCUUGAACCCGAAAAAUACGGUACGCCCCAUGAUAGUUUUCCCUAUUCGACAUAUAAAAUUUUGGGUAAAUAGCAUAAAUUGCCCUUAAAUAAUGGUCCGAAUUUUAAAAAUGCUCCAAUUUUUUAGCUACUUUAAUUAAAGUCCUUGAACUUUUGAGAGCAUUUCAACCGGUCCCUUUUGCCUAUUUUAGGAGUCAAACAGAUGAUUUUUUUGACUUGAGCAUUGUGUGCUAUUAUUAAGGCAAAAAUGAGACAUAAAUUAUAAAGUCUUCAAUAAACUGAUAAUGGCUCAUUCUCUUACGUGAUGACUCAAUCUUGUUUUGAUGCGAGAAUGGGCGAUUAUUUAACCUAGGAGACUUUCUAUCAUUACUUUGCUACUAACAAUAGUACAUGAUUUUCAAGUAGAAAAACCGUUUGUUUUGAUGUCUGAAAUGGAUAAAAAAGACUGAAUAAAACGAUUUUAAAAGUUUAAGCAUAAAAUUGAGGCAGUUGAAAAUCAAAGAGCAUUUUAAAGCUCCAAUCAUAAUUCAAGAAUCAUUUAUGAUAUUCACCCUAAUUUUUUUCUUCCACCAACAUACGUAAGGUUACAGAAGAAAAUAUGAGGAUUUCACUUAACAUUUUUUGAUCAAAAUGUGUAGGAUUUGAGCUUCCUCUUGUAACUUGUUGUGGCCUUGGAGGCGAGUAUAACUAUGGCAACGGCGACUGUGGAACAACCGUCACAGUCAACGGCAGCCAAAUAUUCAUCGGUGCAUGUAAAAAUCCAUCAACUCGCAUAGUUUGGGAUGGAAUUCACUACACCGAGGCAGCAAAUAAGAUAAUCUUCGAUAAAAUCUCCACUGGAGCUUUUUCCGAUCCACCCAUUCCCUUGAAGAUGGCUUGUCACAGCUCACCAGAUAAGAAACAGAUUGACUGAAUUGGACAGCAGACAUGUAUGCACAAGUGUAUCACUGUAUCACUUUUAUACUUGUUCAUUUUAAUUGAAUAAGCUUCUAUCUUGAAGUAUUCGAGGGCAUUGUGUAGAACUCCAUCUACACAAUGGGCCUAGGCUACUCUGUUUGAAGUGUGCACAUCACAAGAUACCACAUAAUAUCAUAUGUAGAGAGGAGAGAAGAGACCUAGCUAGCACUAGUUUGUAUAAAUCUAUGGCCUCAUUUGAAUAAACUAGUUUGUUGCACACAU